AUGGACACUGGGAGGAAGUGUACUAUUCAUUGGGAAGGGGUCCAUAGUGCUCAUACUGAAUGUCUACUUGCCUGGUGCAAGGAAAAUGAAGACACACACAUCAAGCUUUUCUCUGAUUCUGCAAAGGACACCAAGGAGCAAGGUCGGAAGAAGAAGCAGAGUGGAACUUCAAGAGAUAUCUUCUAUUCACAGGUUGCACAAGCUGUAUUUUUGAAUGAUGAGGAUCUGGAGUUUCAACCCAUUUUGGCACAUAAGUCUCUAGUUCCUGUGUCAUCCAUCCUCCCACUAGAAUCACCGAUCAGAUGUUUCAGGCUCAAGAAAAAAUACAAUGAGUUCAACAAGGAACUCAAGCAGUCAGGAGCUGGAAAGACAUAUGUGGAACUGCAAGAGGAUCUGCAGAUGAAGUUGUUGAUUGAUACAAAGCUCAAAAAAUUUCCCUGGUGGCCUGACCUUCAUGGCUGGUGGCAGACAAACCCAGCUUUCAAUUACACAUUCUCUACUGCAGACGCAGGGCAAGAUUUUGCAUCCGCUGCAUUGGAACAUUUUAAUGUUCCCAAGCAAUCACAACCACUGGCUACAGGUGAUGACAAUGUUCACAUGGAUGACAAUCCUGAAGAUGGAGAAAUAGUUGAGAUUAGGAAUUGCACUACAGAUGAUAUGAUGGUUGACCAGUCCCCCUGCAUGGAAUCAUUUGAAUCAUGA